GUUUCUCUUGAUACAAAUGUUUCACCUUUGAAUGUGAAUCAAAGUGUAUGAUCAACAACUUCUCAAAAGUCUUUUGUAGCUUGUGAUGAAUGAUUCUGCAUCUUAACUAUGUUCUUAAUGUUUAUUUAUUAUUCUGUUCAACAGGUUAUUGCUAUCAAUGAAAUGUUCCCUGGUCCCCUUAUUAAUGUCACAACCAAUGAUGUUGUCAAUGUCAAUGUCUUCAACAAUUUGGAUGAACCACUAUUCUUCACUUGGCAUGGUAUACAACAAAGGCUUAACUCUUGGCAAGAUGGAGUUUCUGGAACAAAUUGCCCCAUUCUACCUCAUCAUAAUUGGACUUAUGUCUUUCAAACCAAAGAUCAAAUAGGUACCUUCUUCUACUACCCUUCUAUUCAAUUCCAAAAGGCCGCCGCGGGUUUCGGAGCGAUUCGAGUCAACAAUCGCGAUGUCAUUGCCGUGCCUUUCCCCAAACCGGAAGCCGAAUUUGAUCUUCUUAUGGGGGAUUGGUCUACUGAAGACUACAAGAUAAGUAAGUCGAUGAUGCGAAAUAAGGAUGUAAAUAGUUAUGCAGUUCCUAAAUUCAUUCUGAUGAAUGGAAAAGGUCCUUAUGGAAACAACUUGUCAAAGUCCUUUGAGUCCUUCACUGUCACACAAGGUAAGAGCUACAGGUUUAGAAUAUCAAAUGUGGGGAAUGCAUUGAGCUUGAAUCUCAGAAUUCAGAAUCAUGAAAUGCUACUAGUUGAGACAGAAGGCUCUUAUACCAACCAAAUCCCAUUGGAUUCUCUUGAUGUGCAUAUUGGCCAGUCCUACUCUGUUAUUGUGACGACGAAUCAAAGCGAAGCUGAUUAUUAUAUCGUCGCCAGUCCAAAAUUAACCAACACAAAUGAUUCUAGCAACCUUGUAGGUGUAGGAGUGCUUCACUACUCAAAUUCUACCAAAGGUGUUACUGGACCUCUGCCAACUGGACCAGACCCUUUUGAUGUUGAAUUUUCACGAAAUCAAGCCAAAUCCAUUAGAUUCAAGGAUAACUUGAGCAGGUGGAAUUUGACCGCGGGAGCGGCAAGGCCUAAUCCACAAGGAACCUUCAAUGUUAGCAAUGUGACUCUGUCACACACCUUCAUUCUUCUAGGUUCCCUGGAAGAAAUAAGCGGCCUACCGCGCUAUGCCGUCAAUAAUGUCUCUUAUUACACCAUUGGCACGCCGUUGAAACUCGCCGACCACUUUGUAAACGGCAGCGGCGUAUAUCAACUCGAUGCGUUUCCUCAUGACUCUGUCAAUGCUAAUGCUUCAUAUGGAAUUUCAGUUGUUUCUGGUAAACACAAAGGAUGGGCAGAAUUUGUCUUCAAAAAUAAGAUGAAUGUCAUGGAUACUUGGCAUUUGGAUGGUUUUGGUUUCUUUCUUGUGGGGUUUGGAGAUGGAGACUGGACCCCGGCCUCACGUGAUACUUACAACCUUGUUGAUCCGGUCGUUAAGUCCACCGUCCAAGUUUACCCCGGAGGAUGGACGGCGGUUUACGCCUUCCUCGACAAUCCCGGAAUGUGGAACUUGAGGUCACAAAUUUUGAAAAGAUGGUACUUAGGCCAAGAACUAUACAUUAGAGUUUUUGAUGCUGAUCCUGACCCUGCUAAGGAGAGACCACCACCAGAAAACCUUCUUUUAUGUGGUUAG